AGGCGCGUGUGCGGGAGCCGACACUCCACCAGUUUUACCGGCGUCCGUCAGCUCCGAAGCGGUGGAGACUCAUGAGUUCAGAUUGUCGGUGUCCAACAGCGGUUCCACGGACGUCCUUCUGACUUUAUUGAAGCCGAAAAAUGUUGCGUUUGAGCGGGUUGUCAGUGGUUCUGGCCCUCGCCUUCUUACUGGGACCUGUUGAAGGCCUGAAGGAAGGAGAAUGUGAAGUGUGCGUCUCCUUCCUGGGGAAGUUUUACGAGUCGCUGAAGGACUCCAACCCCAACAGUGCCGAUGUUGAGAAGGAGCUGCUGAAGAGCUGCAGUGACACCAAAGGAAAAGAGAACCGAUUUUGUUACUACAUCGGCGCGACGAGCGACGCCGCCACAAAGAUGAUAAACGAAGUGUCCAAACCGCUCAGCUACCACGUCCCGGUGGACAAGAUCUGCGAGAAGCUCAAGAAGAAGGACAGUCAGAUCUGCGAGCUGAGAUACGACAAGCAGCUGGACCUGACCACAGUGGACCUGAAGAAGCUGAAAGUCAAGGACUUGAAGAAAAUUCUGGACGAGUGGGGCGAGUCGUGCAAAGGCUGCGCCGAAAAGUCCGACUUCAUCCGCAAAAUAACCGAGCUCAUGCCCAAGUACGCGCCUGCAGCCGCCAAGGCACGGACAGACCUGUAGGGGCGGGGACACUGACUCUGGGCAGACAGGAAGUCCUGCCAGGAGGAGGAAGAGCACGUCUCGGUCUGCUCUGCAGGCUUAGAGUUUCUACUGUACUUUAAACUGAAGUUCCUGUUUCUCCGAUCCUUUCACAAUAAGAGCCUGAGUUUGUAUGCAUCCCAGAAUGCCCGACUAGCGGAGGAAAACGGACCAGCAGCAGCUCACCUUCAUCAUCCUGGAGUCCAUUCAGCCCCAACACGUUUCUAAUUCUGAGCAGCGCCCCCUGCUGACUGUUUACAGGACUGCACACCUCCAUUAAAACCUGGUUCUGAUUUAUAGGAGAAUUCGGACCCACUCCACCGGUUCUUAACUCGGCUGGUUCUGUUCCAAUUGAACCAGUCAGACCAUUAAACACAUUGAGUCAC